AUGACCGAACAGAUAAACGCUUCUCUUCAUCCUUGCUUGCGGGGUAAGUAUCACCUUUUUAAUCAACUCAAUAAGAAACAACCCGAAGUGAACGUGGGAUUACUCUCCCUCUCCCCGGGGGUAAUCCCUUAUUAAAGUCAUAAAGGUAUUUGCCGCUCCAAAGGGUAUGGCUUUUGCGCCGUUUCGCAUUUUGGUCUGGAAUAGGGUGUAGUUUUAGAGGGGACUACAGCAGUGUAUGAAUGUAUUUGUCAGUUAAAUUCCAAAUGAAUAAGAUAAAAACCGUAAUAUGAGAAAUUCGAAAUAGAUUCCAAGAGAUCUUUCUCUUGGCGCUCUAAGAAACGAUAACGUCAUUUAUGGUUAUGCCAGGACUGACAACGGGUCUGGAUUUUAGAGGCCAGGUCUGAAAACAGGUGUGGGAAAUGGAAAAUGACAUUUUGGGGUCUGAAAAAGGAUCAGGAUUUACAGAACCGGGCGGUACCCCCCCCCCCCUUCCCGCAAGAAUCCCCAGGAGUACCCCCAGUUCCUCCUCAGGCCAUAGUCAAAACGUACGCGUGUGUAAAUACAGUUAUUUGACAGCAGAAAUGAGUUAAACUCGCCGAAAAUCGAUAUUGACACAAGGUACUUCUGGGUGCAGUUUCUUUAGGAGACAACAAUUAGCCAACGUAGCCGAAUACUCUGAUUUCACACAUUUAUACUUGUUUUGCUUUUUUUUUAAAAGGUCGCUGGGUGACAAUUUCGUUCCCUCAAGUUCCUGCAAGGUUCUUUGGUCACCUUGCGUCUCAUUUAGGAUGCCAAGUGAACAGUAUGAGGCAGAUUCCACACAAAAAGCCGCCAUUUUACAAGAAAACAACAAAAAAAGUUUCCUACAAAAUCUUCAGCUUAAAUCCAUUUGUUGAAGCUUUACACGAACAAGAUAUCGUGCGAUUUAAGGGGUCAUUGAUGUGUAGCGGUGAUGACGAGGUUGUCAACAUAGAGAGUAGCAAUCCACGGGACGAACUUGGGCUGCUAAAUCCCGCAGUUUCUGGAGUACCACGCAACGUGAUAAAAGGCCCGAUUAUAAAGGAUACCUGGAAGUCGGAACAGGUGAAGGAAGGAACACGCGAGAAAUAG